AUGGCGUGUCCGCUGGCGACAGGGCUGGCGUUGAUGCUCUUGAACACCACUAUCUGUAACGAGACUCCUUGUCUCAAAUACCUUGGGCACGAUAUUCAAACGGUAAGCUAUCCAUAUGACAGCUCCGUCUAUUGGUUUUCGUUGCAUUCCUGCCAAUUUCGUCAAGGUUUCGAGAAAAGCUGUCAAAUGAGAAGUACUAUCAAGUAUUUGUAUUUUUGGCGCGCUGUGUGGAGGUUGGCGAGGCUCUGGCGUCAAUUGUCCACAGCUUCGUAUGUCCACAGCUUCAUGUGUGGUUUGUGGUUGUGCGAUAUGCCAACCACGUGUAUAAUGUGGACUUCAAUCUACACUUUGAACCACGCUUUGGAGCAGGUCAAGAGCUCGUCCUUGCAUCACAUAUGUCUUCCACUCCUUUUACGUCGCUUGAAACCCUACAAGUUCUUUUUAACCGCUUUAAGAUCACGACCUCGCAGCAGACCGGGGUUUCCAGGACACGACAACCCUUCAAACUUGACCGUCCACCAAGGCAGCCUAAUGUUCAGUACUACGGAUAUGCUGUCUCUUCUGAUCGGUGUAUGCAGUUCGCGGAGCAACAUUGCCCAGAAGAGUUGCCUGAUUGA